ACCAGCCUCCCAGCUCGGAGGGGCCCGUCUAUCAUCGGGCUGGCUGGGUCUAGUCCCAGGAUGAUGCGACCCACGCUGGCUCAGCACUACCACCCUCGCAGCGGCUUCCCUCUGGAAGUGUCAACUCCGCUGGGUCAAGGCCGAGUAAACCAGCUCGGUGGGGUUUUCAUCAACGGCAGGCCUUUGCCCAACCACAUCCGACACAAGAUCGUGGAGAUGGCCCACCACGGCAUCAGACCGUGCGUCAUCUCCCGGCAGCUGCGGGUCUCCCACGGGUGCGUGUCCAAAAUCCUGUGUCGGUACCAGGAGACCGGCUCCAUCAGACCCGGGGCCAUCGGGGGCAGCAAACCAAAGGCGGCGACGCCGGACGUGGAGCAGAGAAUCGAAGAAUGCAAGCGGGAGCACCCGGGUAUGUUUAGCUGGGAGAUUCGGGAUAAAUUACUCAAGGAUGGAAUAUGUGACCGCGACAAUGUCCCUUCAGUCAGCUCCAUCAGUCGCGUCGUACGCAGCAAGUUUGGGGGGAAAGACGACGAAGAGGAGGAUGAGGAUGACCUGGACAAGAGCGAGCUGGAGGAAAGUGAGCGCAGGGCCAAGCACAGCAUUGAAGGCAUCUUGGGAGACAGAUGUAAUCACUCAGAUGAGGGUUCAGACGUGGAAUCAGAGCCUGAUCUGCCACUAAAACGGAAACAGCGGCGCAGUCGGACCACUUUUACGGCAGAGCAGCUGGAGGAGCUGGAGAGGGCCUUUGAGAGGACCCACUAUCCAGACAUCUACACCAGGGAGGAGCUUGCCCAAAGGGCAAAACUGACUGAGGCCAGGGUACAAGUAUGGUUCAGCAACCGAAGGGCCAGGUGGCGGAAGCAAGCUGGAGCCAACCAACUGAUGUCCUUUAAUCACUUGAUCCCAGGGGGUUUCCCACCUUCAGCCAUGUCCAGCCUUACUCCUUAUCAGCUCUCUGACAGCGCUUAUGCCUCCUCAUCCUUAACACAAGAGGCACCCAACACACUACAUCGACCGCAGCCUCUGCCUCCCUCCUCGGGCCACCAAGUGCCCAGUGGGGGAGGACAAGGUGAAGGAAGCUCUGCCUACUGCCUCGCCUCCGGACGCCACUCCUUCUCAGGAUACUCGGAAAGCUUUGUGAGCUCCGUGGGCCCGGCCAAUCCCAUGAACUCGGCCAUCGGAAAUGGACUCUCUCCGCAGGUGAUGGGUCUGCUCAAUCAUGGUGGUGUUCCACAUCAACCUCAAAGCGACUAUGCCAUUUCACCUCUAACCGGUGGUCUCGAACCACCUACCGGCAUGGCCACUAGUUGCAGCCAACGCAUGGAUCACAUCAAAGGUCUGGAGGGUCUGACCAGUGUUCCCUCCAUGUCAGCUCUUCCUUCCCUGCCCAGCUCGCAGUCCUACUGCACUCCGUCCUACAGCUCCCAGGGCUACACAGUUGACCACGUGGCGUCCUACCAGUAUGGCCAGUACGGACAAAGUCCCCUUCCUUAUCUGAGGCCUGAGAUCGCCUGACCCAAAGCUCGAGUCCACAACGAAUGAAGACGAUCAUUCAGCAGCAGGACCAAAAUGAAAUGGA